CCCCUUAAAAGAUUAAAAAAAAAAAUCAUCGAUAAUUCCAACAAAAACCAAAGUCAAUGGCUCGUCUAAUGAUAAUCUUCCUCGUUCUAAUCCUCAUGGCCUUUUCGGCUUAUCCGUCUCUGGUCACGUCAAGAAAGCUAUUUAUUAAGACGAAGAGACAUGAAAUGUUGUUAACAGCGAGGGAGGAGGAGAAAAGCCGCAUGACUCACGUGACCAAAUCCAAAUUUACUGUUGGUCGGUUUCAGGUAUCCACUCCUAGCCCUGGUGCUGGACAUUCCGGUGGUGGCCGUUGAUUCCCUCUGCUUCUUGUUUUUCAUCUACAAAUUAAGCUCGUUCUUGUUAUGGCAUUUCACCAAUGCACUCCAAAACUAAUGGACCUCAAGUAUCUAGUUAGAGAAAUCUAUUUGUAUACGUAGAAAUAAUAUACUAUGAUGUCCAAUGUGGAAUAAAAACAGUGUACGUAUCAAUACCGAUUGGGAUUUGGGAAUACGUGCAACUUUAAAUGUCAUCAAACAUCAAAAUUUAUUUU